AUGCAACCUUACUUGUUGAUGUUCAUGUUGUUUGUUGCAGUUUCAAGAAUUUCAGAUUGCUACGACCCUUUGGAUCCGAAUGGAAACAUCACGGUCACCUUCGACAUAUUCAACUAUACCCAAGACGGCUAUGUGGCAAGGGUGACCAUCCAAAACUACUAUCAGUAUCGCCACGUGGAGAAACCGGGUUGGAAACUCGGGUGGGCGUGGGCGAAGGACGAGGUUAUUUGGGCCAUUUCCGGGGCCGUUGCCACCAAACAAGGAGCCUGCAAGCCUUCCACAGAUGUGAAGCCACAUUGCUGCUCUCCACAUCCACUGAUAGCAGCAACAACUACCGAGGGUGGUCUCCUAGCCGCGUGGGCCAUCAACCCUCACACGUCUUACUCGGCCUUCGACAUCACAGUAGGCAAUUUAGACCAAAACAGGACAGCCUACCGCCCGCCCCUUAAUUUAACCCUAACGGCCCCCACAUGGGGAUAUACUUGUGGCACACUUCAAGAUGCUCUCCCCUCAAUCUCCUUCGUCGCUGGGGUAUUGAGGGAAGAGCAGGUUUUCAGAACAUGGAGAUCAGAAUGCACCUACUCAAGCUACAUAUCUAGCAAGGUACCAAUUUGCUGCGUGUCCCUCUCGACGUUCUACAACCCGGAUAUCACAUCGUGCCCCUCGUGCAGCUGCGGGUGUCGGGUAGCUGACCGGUCUUCGUACUCAUGCAUUAGUGAAGGUGCAAUCUCCUCAAAUGUACAAGAUGCUGAAAUAGUUAGAUGCACAGAUCACAUGUGCCCUCUCAGAGUCCAUUGGCACAUCAAGACCAACUAUGUCACACACUGGAGAGUGAAACUAACUGUCUCUAACUACCAUUAUGGGAGGAACUACUCCAAUUGGAACGUCGUCGUUCAACACCCCGGCUUCCGGGCGCCUUUCACUGCCCUGGAGUUUAACAACACCAUGCUUUCAACCGUCCCAGAGGAUGCAGCUCUGUUUUGGGGAAAGGUCUUGCACAACACAGAACUACUGCAAGGCAAUGAGUAUGAAGUGGGAUCAGUGACUACAGACAUACUCUUGCAGAAAAAUGCAGAUGCAUUCACACUAAGGAAUGGUUGGGGGUUUCCAAGAAGGAUAUAUUUCAAUGGGGAGAACUGUCGGAUGCCGCUUCCCGACAUGUUCCCAAUGUUGCCCAAUGGGGGCUCGGGUCAUCGUCCCGGGGGGCUGUUUUUGCUCAAAACAUUGCUGUACUUGUCUUGCACUUGCAUCAUGUGGUGCAGAUAUAUUUUGGUUUAGUACUUCAGCAUAUGUUGAUGAGUUGAUCAUGCCAUUAUUUUGAGUAGAGCUAACUAUGUAGUAGUAUUAUUACAUAUAGACUCUGGUUUGUGUUAAAAUGACAACACCUCUUAAAGUGACACUUUGACACCACGUA